AUGGCUAUUAAAUUAAAUUCGAAAGAUAGUAAUACGAAUAUUCGACAUAAUCCUAAACAGAUUGCAGAAACAAUCGCCAAGCACAUACCAAAACAUUCAAUUAUCGAUAAAUUUGAUAUCUCUGGUCCUGGUUUCAUUAAUAUAUAUAUUUCAACAGUAUUUGUUUCGACACAAAUACGAAAAAUUCUUUUAAACGGUGUUUUACCGCCGAAUGUCAAUAGUACAACGAAAAAAGUUGUUAUCGAUUUUUCGUCACCAAAUAUUGCCAAAGAAAUGCAUGUCGGUCAUUUACGGUAAAUAUUUUCGCAUACUGUUUCUUUUACACAUCUGUUCUAUAUGGCCCAUCCGUUAUAAGAUACAAAUAAUUGUAAUUCUUUCCAGCUUAGCCUGAAAGAUUUGGUCUAUUUAGAAAUUAAAUUCAAAAGAUAGUAAUACUUAGGGAUGCACCAAACCCGAAUAUUUGUGUUUGGUGCGUUUGGGUUGGGUGAAUAUUUGGGAUUUUGGGUUUGUAAUCUCAAAC